GAUUCCUUCUUUACCUCACAAAAUCAAAUCCUUCGUUCCCUCUCAAUCUUUCUUUCUUUAGCACCAAUAAUCCUUCUUCCUUCCUCCUUCUACACCAAUUUUCCUGUGGUCUGUAUAACUUUCUUUCUUUGGAAAUCUCCCCUUUCAACCUAAAUUUAUUCCGCCAUUGACGAAGAUUCUUUCGUUGCAGAGAAGAAGCGUGGAUGUUGUAAUGGAGACGAAAGGCGGUAAGAAGAAAUCUAAUAGUAGUAGUAGUAGCAAGAGUAGUAAAAGGCAACAAUACGAAGCUCCUCUUGGUUACAUUAUUGAAGACGUUCGUCCUCACGGUGGCAUUGAGAAGUUCCGAUCUGCUGCUUAUUCAAAUUGCGUGAGGAAGCCAUCCUGAUACUUUUGAUUACUGCCGAUUUCUUGUUCAUUCUCAGAACAAAAAUCUUCCAGAUUUCUUUCGCUUUGCUUUUGUUGUUUUUUCCUGUUGUUUUGAGAAGCUUUGAUUUCCUCUGCAACCAUGACUGUGCUCACCAAACUCACGGACGCUUCGGCGCCGGAACAACCUCCUUCUCCGAUCGGGUUCGAAGGCUUCGAGAAACGCCUAGAGAUCACAUUCUCUGAGCCGCCUAUUUUUCAGGACCCUGAAGGACUCGGCCUACGAGCUCUGACUCGAACUCAACUCGAUUCAAUUCUCGAACCUGCUUGCUGCACUAUCGUAUCUCAUCUCUCCAACUCGGAUUUUGAUUCUUACGUUCUCUCCGAAUCGAGCCUCUUUGUUUAUCCACGAGCAAUCAUCCUCAAAACUUGUGGCACCACCAAGCUUCUCCUCUCCAUUCCGAUUAUACUCCAACUUGCUGAUUCACUCUCACUCGCCGCCGUCUCCGUGAAAUACUCUCGUGGAACCUUCAUCUUCCCUGACUAUCAACCUGCUCCUCACCGGAGCUUCUCCGAGGAAGUCACCGCACUGAAUGUCUAUUUCGGCCAUUUCCACUCCGAGGCAUACGUGCUCGGCGAUCCGGCCGUUCCGAAUCGCAACUGGCACAUCUACUCCGCCGUGAAAACGCACUCAAAUGUGAACCGUAUGGAUCUGGUUAGUCUAGAGAUUUGCAUGACGGGCUUGAACAGAGAGAAAGCUGCAGUUUUCUUCAAAAAACCUGGAGGAGAAGACUCAUCGGCGGAAAAAAUGACAAAAAUGUCCAAAAUCUCAGAGAUAAUUCCGAAUCACAUCAUCUGCGACUUCGAAUUCGAUCCGUGUGGGUACUCAAUGAACGGAAUCGAAGGUGCAGCUUACUCUACGGUGCACGUUACUCCAGAGGAUGGUUUCAGUUACGCCAGCUACGAAGCUAUGGGAUUCGACACAAUGGAGCUGCCUUUCUCGGAGCUGGUGAAUCGAGUACUCCGAUGCUUUUCUCCCGCGGAAUUCUCAAUCGCCACCACAUGCGGCGACGGCGACAACUCCCGCUCGUGGGCUGUGGAUCAUGCUGACGUGGAAGGGUACACGUGUGAGAACGUUGUGAAGCAGGAGAUGGUAGGUGGCGAGUUGGUAGUUUACCGUACGUACAGCGUGGAUAGAAGAAGGUGCGUGGAGGCCCCGGCAUGCAAGACUUUGCUGAUGCAGUGCUGGAAGGAGGCUGCCGCCAAUGCAGCGGAGGAAGAGGUGGUGCUCCGCCGUUUGUCGUCAGCUUAGAAAGAAUAAUAAUAACGUAGAAGGAAAGAGGAGUAUUAGUGAAUUUUCUCUAAUACUACUAAGGUUAGAGGGGCGCCGGGCGGUGUGAUGUGGUUUGUGAGUAAUCAGGCAAUACCGUGGAUGGGGUUUAAUGUGUUUUAAAGCUUUUUCUUUUUUAUGGGUCAAAUAUUAGAUCUGUGUUUCGUUUCGUUUUCGUUUUCGUUUUCGUGAGUUUGGAGUGAAUUUUUAUCUAUUACACAGUGAUUUGUUAAAUGUUAAUGUACAUUUGGGUUUUAAAUUUUGAAUAAAAGUUGUUCUUAAUCCCUUAAAA